AUGGAAACGUUCAAGAGGAGGCCCGAGGGCUCGCCGGGUGCGCUGGGGGCCCCCGGGGUGGCUGGGGGCAGCAGCAACGGGUACGUGGGCGGGCCGGUGAGCAGCAACAGCAGCAGCAGCAGCUACGGGCCCCCGAAGCGCGCGCGGGUGUCGGGCGCAGCAGCGGGAAGCGGGGAAGAAGCUGCUGCUGCUGAGGGGGGCCCCCCAGUGCUGCCAGUUUGUCUUCUUGUCUCCGACAACAUCGCGGGGGCCCUCAUUGGCAAGGGAGGCAGCACAGUUCGUGAGUUCGAGAGGACCACUGGUGCACGGAUUUUCGUGCAGCGGAACUCGCUGGGGGCCCCCGAGCUGGCAGCAGCGAAGCAGGCGGUGCAGGAGACGCUGGGGGCCCUCGGGGGGCCCCUGGGGGGCCCCCCCCAGGCGCUGGACGUGGCGAAGAUCGUCGCGAUUGGGGGCCCCCAGCAGCAGCAGGUGCAGCAGGCGCUGCAGCAAGUGCUGGGCCUCAUCAGCAGCCACCCCACGCAUGCAGGCAAAGCUGCUGCUGCGCUGCUGCUGGUGCCGCAGCGCAGCGUGGGGGGCCUCGUGGGGCAGCGGGGAAAGACUAUAGAAGAGUUAAGUUUGAAGUCCAGUACCCAAAUAAGAAUAGUGCCUGGAGUUGCUGCAGCAAACGGGGACAGGGCCCUCUGCAUCGCAGCGCAGCAGCAGCAGCACCUUGCUGCUGCCAUUCAGCUCCUGCUGCAGCAGCUGCAGCACCUCCUUGCGGCCCGCAGGAUAGGGCCCCACGACUUCGAGUUCCUCAUCGCCCUGGCCUCAUCUGCGCAGCCCCGGGGCCCCCGGGGGCCCCGCGCCCUGGGCCCCCUGGGCCCCCUGGGGGCCCCCCUCCCGGCGGUGGUGCCCCUGGGGGCCCCCUCCCCCGGGGGGGCCCCCCCGGGCUUCUUCCCGUCCGCGGGCGC